CGACGGUGAACCUUCUUGACUCGAUUACACCGUACUCUCGGAAACAAGUUUGUUUUAAAAUGGCGGCGGAAGCGUCGAGAGGCAGCGGCGUUGAGGUGGCCGGGAGGUGAUGGUGCAGCAGCAGCAGCAGCAGCAGCAGUAGUCACAGCAUCACCAUGGACCGCUCCGGCCGGCGGUUACCUGCUGCCCACCUGUAGCAUCUAUCGGCGGCAUGGCGAACACGACCCGCGGCGGUCAGGAGCCGACAGACAGCCGCUGUGGUGUGUCUGGAGGAGCCAUAGUGGAGAAUGGCUCUGCAGCGAAAGACCCGUCUGCCUCCGACCUCCACGAUCACACCAACCACCGCUGCCAUGAACCCAUCGUGCCCACUUACAAGCCAUCCUGCUCGUCCACCCCCAUCUACUACAACAGCCCUGAGAAACUGUACACGGACCUGGACCAGGACAGCCACAGCUUGACUUCCCAGGACUCAGGUAUCCCAACUCUGGAGAUCAACCCUCCAGAGCCCAUCCUCCAAGGCCACCAACGCCCGGCAGACGCGGGCCUCAUCCUGGCCUCUAGUCACGACUGUCCGGCCACGUUACCCUUGGAUGACGACCCCUCUGACGCCAACGCCAUCCGCAAGUCCUCCACCUUCCCCCGCAGCGGCUACGACUCCAUCCGCCUCUUCAGCCCCGCCCUCAGAUUAUCCUCCACCAUGGGCGCGGGCAGCGGGGGCGGAGUUCUGAACCGCAGCGACGACAUCUCCGUGUGCAGCGUGUCCAGCAUGAGCACCGAGCUAUCGGUGUCCAACGAGGACAUUUUAGAUUUCACCGUCACGUCUGACUCUAGCGCCAUCGUCACCCUGGAGACUGACAACAGCGGCGCCGCUCACUUCUCGGACGUCACCCUGUCGUCGUCACCUGGAGACUUCUGGAGUCCUGCACACCUGCAUCCGGGGUCAGGUGGCAUGCAGCAGGGGGAAGAAGGCAGGCAAAAGAAACUAGGACCUCUGGCCAGCUUGUUCAACAGGAGCCUGUUUGCCAGGAAGGUGAAGGACGGUCAGAGCAGAGCGGCAGAGCAGAGGGAUCCAGGCUGGAAGCUGUUCGGCAAAGUCCCACUGCGUGAGGGCCCCAUCAGGGACCCUAAGAGAAUACAAAAGGAAUAUGAAACAAAGAGUGGAAGAGCUGGACCUGGCAACCCAUCAUCUCCCAGGCAGAGUGUGAGGAAAAACCUGGACUUUGAGCCCCUCUCCACCACCGCACUGAUACUGGAGGACAGACCUGCGAAUCUGCCUGCCAAGCCAGCCGAGGAGGCACAGAAACACCGACAGCAGUAUGAAGAGAUGGUGGCCCAGGCCAAGAAAAGAGAGUUGAAGGAUGCUCAGAAGAGGAAGAAGCAGCUGGAGGAUCGGUGUAAGCUGGAGGAGAGCAUCGGCUCAGCAGCUCAGACCUGGAACCAGGAGAUCUUGCCUAACUGGAGUACAAUGUGUACAUCUCGGCGAGUGAGAGACCUCUGGUGGCAGGGCAUCCCCCCCAGCGUCAGAGGCAAAGUGUGGAGCCUGGCUGUGGGCAACGACCUCAACAUCACACACGAGCUAUACAGCAUCUGUCUGUCCCGGGCUAAAGAGAAGUGGAGGGCCACGCCAUCGACCGCCCCAGAGAUAGAAACUGAAGAUGCUGGUUCGUCGGAUCGAGAGUCGAGCCUGGAGCUGAUCAAACUGGACAUCUCUAGAACUUUCCCCCAUCUGUGUAUCUUUCAGCAGGGUGGGCCCUACCACGAUGUGCUGCACAGCAUUCUGGGAGCAUACACAUGUUACCGGCCUGACGUCGGCUACGUGCAGGGAAUGUCCUUCAUCGCAGCAGUGCUGAUCCUGAACCUGGACACAGCCGACGCCUUCAUAGCUUUUGCCAACCUGCUCAACAAGCCCUGUCAGAUGGCCUUCUUCAGAGUGGACCACAGCCUUAUGUUGACUUACUUUGCAGCAUUUGAAGUGUUCUUUGAAGAAAAUCUACCAAAGCUCUUUGCACAUUUCAAGAAAAACAACUUGACCCCCGAUAUUUAUUUGAUCGACUGGAUCUUCACUCUGUACAGUAAGUCGCUGCCGUUGGACCUGGCGUGUCGGGUGUGGGACGUGUUCUGCAGAGACGGAGAGGAGUUCCUGUUCCGCACGGCGAUGGGCCUGCUGCGUCUCUACCAGGACGUCCUCACCUGCAUGGACUUCAUCCACAUGGCUCAGUUCCUCACCCGCCUGCCCGACCUCAUCCCCCCCGAGCAGCUCUUCCAGCAAAUCGCUGCCGUCCACAUGACCAGCCGUAACAGGAAGUGGGCACAGGUUCUGCAGGCGUUACAGAAAGACCAGGAGCGAGGCAGCCCGGUGCUGAAGCGCUGAGCUGAGGUUGCACACCAGCAGACUCGACCGCUUCCAGCGCCGACCCACUUCCCCCUCCAUCCAGCCUUUGGGAGAAACUGAACUCUUAACAGGUCAGAUAGACCUGAGAGAUACCUGGUUGUGGGGAUGCGGUUGAGUUGCUCUUCUCCAGAGCCGUGUCACCGCUCUGAAUGGAAACAGGACCCUGUUAAGGGGUCUGCAAGUGAAGGAGCAGGGGUGAGAAAAAGGAAUACGAGGCCUUAUUUAACUCCCACGACCCCUCCUCAAAUCAGAGGCCCAGCAGUGGACUGGAAACUGUAGCUGGCACAGGCAGAAGAAUGUAUCACACACUCCCACAUACAUGCACCUACCAGGCUGGUUCAGGUCUCCACAGACAAGAAGAAACCACAGAGAUGCCAGUUAUUAUGUGAAAGAUUUCUGCUGUCACUGCUUUUUCUGGCUACACUUCUGCUCUUUUUUUUUUUUUUUUGUCCUUGGCAAAUGUAUCUUUAAAUGCGGCUAUUUUCAGACAAAAACAUGAAGUUUCUACAUACAUACAAUCUACAUCUCAGACUGCUCUCCAUAAAACAACCUGAAACAUCUCAUAUCCAGCUACAGUGAGUACAAAAGUAAUGAAAAGCAGAGGAAGAGCUGGAAAAUGUUAUAGCAGUGUGCUUAAAUCACAUCUCCAGAGUCACAUCUGUUAACGACACAUUUUAAAAUGUGUCAAGUGGAACCUCGGCUAGUGUCUCUGUCUCCAUCUCUUAAUCUCUGCGCCUAAUGUUUUGUUUUUCCCUCAUAACUUUAAUCAUUCCUUCAUGUCCUCUGAUGUCCUCGUGCUGUUCAUUUCUUCCAGUCAGUGUAGAUUUCCUGAAGCAUUCCAUGAAGUUAACUCACUCUUGAAGGAAAUUGUGAGUUAAAAUACAUGAAGAUUAAACAGAAAUGCACAUAACGGUUUAUAUUGUAGGUUAACCACCUGAAGACAUGUUUGGUGCCUCUAUAAGAGCGCUACGAUGUUACAUUUAAUAAAAUGUUUUAAGCCUCUUAAAAGAGGUCAUAAGCUGCCUGUAAAAUGAGUUUUACAGUAUAUUUAUGUCGAAGAAACUGGAGUAAAUAAUGUGUGUUGCUGUAAGACAUUGACAUCGCCCUGUCCCUUUGUUAGAGGUACAUUUCAGCUUGUUAGUGUUUUGAUUCCUAAUGUCUUGGUGUGAGUGUGAUGUCUUAUUUAAUGAACCCUAUGUCGCUGUCAAAUGAAGAGUUGCUGUUGGACCUCUCCCCGACCAAAAUAGUUGAAAUGCAGGGCAGAAACGUCCCUGACUAGAACUUGCUUUGCACAUUGAAAAAAAUCCGAUAUGUAGUUUCUCUUUACAACUGUCGGCCCACUGUUGCUGUAGUUUGCUCUGGACCUUACUUCACAUGCUUCACAUAUGUUCUUCCACUGUUCUUGUUGCUCAUUGUGUCUGAAUAUGGAGCGUUAAUGUCUGAGAACACGCUCCAAGAAACACACGAGUUAAAAUCAAUCAAUAUUUGUUUUUGUGGCGCCUCCAACACUGUUUGCUCCAGUCAGCUGUAACAAGCGCUAAUUUCGCUAAUUCCAUCAAUUCCACCACUCGGUGUGAUUUUUGGUGUUCUUUUUUUUUAAUUUUUUUUUUUAAAAAUAGACCUUUUUGGAAAAUACACUUAUUAACUGUCUUGUCAAGAGUUGAGAUGAGAACAUGGACACCACUCUCGUAUGUCCGUUAAAUAUAAAGCUGGAGCCAGGAGAGUUAGCUUAUUUUAGCAUAAAGACUGAACGCUUAGCAGUUAGUUUAGCUCUGUGCUAAGAUAACAAGCACCUUUUUUUGUAAAGUUCACUAAUUAGUAAAAUGCUUCAUCUCUUGUAUUUUGUUUACUAAAAGCUAAUUAUAAAAAUGACGUAGUUUUACAAGCUGUUGGGUUAUUUCUUUGGCUAGAUGCGCUAGCUGCCUAGCAAACUCACACAUUACUCUCCAUAAAAACACAACUUGUCAUUUUUAUACUUCACUUUUUGUACAUAUGAAAUAGGUGAGCUAUAGAAUAUUCAUACAUGAGCUUUGGAGAUGUAGCUAGGUGGAUUUUGCCUUUGGACAGAGCCAUGUUAGUGGCUUCCUGCCGUUUCUAGUCUUUGUGCUAAGCUAAGCUAACCACAUCCUGGCUGUAUCUUUAUAUCUAAAAGACAGAUAUGAGAAAUGAAUUAAUUUCCUUAUCUAACUCUCCAAGAAAGUGAACGAGUAUUUUUUAUAAAAUGUUCAACAGAUUCAGUGGUGGUUGGGUUUUAUGUCAUUACGCAAUGUUUUGGAUUGUUGGAUUGAUACUCUACAAGGAGUCAUUUCCUCUCACGCUGAGCACAUCUGUGUCAGUGGUCACCUGUCCCCCUGUAGGUAUCACCAGUUUGGCUUUGCGGGUGUGUUCGUUGGAGGUUGUUAGUGUGUCACUGUGGUAAAUGUGUAAAUCUACCCAGACCAUUGCAGGGAGGGGCCAGGCCGCUGGUGACGCACUUUUGACGCUUGCUAGUACACAGCGUGUCUUACAAAUCACACAAAAACAAGUGAAGCACCGACUUAUUGUUGACACGUUUGCAACAGUAUAAUUAAUAUCUAUUUCUGUGAUUUAGUUUUUCAAAGAGGAGUUGCCCAUUUUGCACAGACCUGUUCAUUGAGGUAAAUAAAAGCUGAGAAGUGUAGCUCAGUUCAGUUGUCUUUGUUUACCCAGACAACAAUCUUAAAACGAAUGAAACCUGCUGUUGGUGUUGACUGUGCUGUUAUCGGUGGAGGAGCUGCUUCAUGUGAUGUGGUGUGCUACUGAUUUUAUGUGUGAAGUUUUUCUUUUUGUGCCCUAAAAUAUUGGUGACCUUCCCAUGUGGCCUCAGUGUCUCUUGGCUAGUCUGCACCUUCUUAAAUACGCCUGGACCACAUUUGAUAGAUGCUCUUAUGUCACUUUUUAAAAUCCCAAUCAUGUCGGCCUGUUUUCGGCUGCUACAGACAGACGGUCUGUGUGUCAGUGUGUGCAUCAGCUCAGCACAGUGCAGCAGACUUUCUGAUCACUCAUCUCGAUGCACUCCUCCCUCCCACUCCCCCACUGUGGUUACACACCACAGGACUGCAAUAAAGCUUUUUGCACAUAUAUGUAAGCCUUUGAGUUGUGCCUCGCAUCAUCACUUUAUGUCAUCGCUUACAGGUUCAAACGGGUUGUUCAUUUUCCAUCUAUUCAUUUUUUUAAAAAUUAGUGACCAGUUAACCAUGCAAGCUGAGUGUGUGUGUGUGUGUGUGUGUGUGUUUUAUGUUUGUGUCGUUGAGUGGUACAUCCAGAAUGAGAUCUGUUAGUUACGCUACUAUUUAGUUGUUACAUUAGCCCUUCCAACACUACCUGCUUCCUGUCCUUCUGUCACACAACACGCUACGGCAACAAUGUAUGAUCCACAGUGGUGUAAAACAAAAUUCAAUCAAACUAAAUUUGAAUAAAACUUAUAUAAAAUAUUGUUGCUAAAUGAUCUGUUUGAUUUGGCUGGAUUUAAUUUCUUGGGUUCUGUUUGUUUUUUUGCUGUCUAAUUGUUGUUUUUUUUCCUCAAGAGACCCCAUGUACUGUAGAGGACUGAUACAUAGAGGACAUACAUGGAGACAGCAGAGGGUUAUCAUGCAACUGUAUCUCACUUGAAAUGUAUAAAUAAAACAUGGUUUUAUUAAAAUAAAGAGCUGUACAUA